AUGGGCUCCCUCGAAGAAACAUGCGCAUCCCUGCGCGCCCAGAUCACAGCAACAGAGGAACAACUCGCUGGACUGAAACGCGACCUCGCGAACGCCGAACAAGCAGCGCAAUCAGACAGCGCAACCACAACAACCGCGGGAAACGAACACAACGACCGGAAUGGCCACGGACGACGGUGGCCACUGCUCCAAGAGGAAUAUAAACGAUAUGGACGACAGAUGAUUGUUUCCCAAGUUGGACUUAAAGCUGCGCAAUAUCUUGCUGGUGCUGGCGUUGGUACUAUUGGGUUGAUUGAUGGGGAUACGGUCGAGGUGUCGAAUCUGCAUCGCCAGGUGCUGCACCGGACCAAGAAUGUUGGGAAGUAUAAGGUGGAUAGUGCGAUUGAGUCGCUUCGCGAGCUUAACCCGCAUCCCACGUACAUCGCACACCGAACACACCUCAUGCCCGACGAGGCGCUUGCGAUCUUCCAGAAUUAUGAUUUAAUCCUCGACUGUACGGAUAACCCGGCAACACGUUAUUUGAUCUCGGAUACUGCAGUUCUUACCGGGAAACCGUUGGUUUCUGCGUCCGCUUUGCGGACCGAGGGCCAGCUUAUGGUGUUGAACGACCCACCCCGAGCUCCGGGUGACAAGUCUGGAGGACCGUGCUAUCGCUGUGUGUUUCCCAGGCCGCCACCGGCUGAUAGUGUAGUCAGUUGUGCUGAUGGUGGUAUCUUGGGCCCGGUUGUCGGGACUAUGGGUGUCUUGCAGGCCCUCGAGGCGAUCAAGGUCAUUACCGCGCCUGAUGCUGAUGUCGCGGGCGGUGCUGCGAGUACUCCUCGCAAUCCUCCAGCUCUGCAUGUCUUCUCUGCAUACUCGAGUCCCCUGGUCCGGACAAUUCGUCUUCGUUCGCGCCGAGCAAACUGUGCAGUGUGCUCUGCUGAGGCGACAGUCACGUUGGACACGAUCAAGUCCGGAUCGACGGACUAUGUAUUCUUUUGUGGUUCUGUAAUUUUGCCAUCAUUGCUUGGUCCCGAGGAACGUAUCUCUGCACGGGAGUAUUACGAGAAGUAUCCUGGUGUCUCCGCUGUGUCACAACCACACACGGUAAUCGAUGUGCGAGAUAAGGGACAAUUCGAAAUCUGCAGCUUGGAAAAUAGCCUUAACAUCCCUAUCUCGGAUAUUCUUGCCUCUGGGCUUACGAAGCCACAGGCGGCCGAUGCCGAGCAGGAAGCUCCGACAUUGCCUUCUUGGUUACCGUCUGAACUCGUCUCCGAGUCCAGUAAUCCGAUCUACGUUGUCUGCCGUCUAGGAAAUGACUCACAGAUUGUGGUGAAGAAGAUGAAGGAGCUAGGACUAGAUCAGAACGGACAGCGGUUUAUUGGUGAUAUCCGCGGUGGUCUACGAUCGUGGAAGGAACAGGUAGAUUCAGAGUGGCCCGAAUACUAA